AUGACCGCUGACGACUUUUCCAACCCGCUCAAGAAGUACAAGCUCGUUUUCCUAGGAGAACAAAGCGUGGGAAAGACCUCGCUUAUUACUAGAUUCAUGUAUGACACCUUCGACAACACUUAUCAGGCCACCAUCGGCAUCGACUUUUUAUCCAAGACAAUGUAUCUCGAUGAUCGAACAAUUCGAUUGCAAUUAUGGGAUACGGCCGGGCAGGAACGUUUCCGGUCACUGAUACCAAGCUACAUUCGUGAUUCUUCUGCCACUGUCAUCGUUUAUGAUAUCACUAAUCGCAAUUCAUUCAUGAAUACUACGAAAUGGAUUGACGAUGUUCGCGCAGAACGUGGAAAGGAUGUCAUUAUCAUCUUGGUUGGAAAUAAGACUGACAUUGGCGAAAAACGCCAGGUAUCAGUUGAAGAUGGGGAGAAAAAAGCCAAAGAGUACAACGUGAUGUUCAUUGAAACAAGUGCAAAGGCAGGAUACAAUGUCAAAGCUCUCUUCCGAAAGAUCGGUCAUGCAUUACCAGGAAUGGAGACAACGAGCACGGAUGAUACACGUGAUUCAAUGACCAAGGUCGACUUGAAUGAUACAAGUGCUUACAACGAUAGCAGCUCUUGUGCUUGCUGA